CGACGCCGGUAAGCAUAUUCCGGCGACAAAUAGCAUAUUUCAGUGACCGACGACCAGUUUCCGGCGACCGGUGGCAGAAAUCCGGCAACCAAAUUUUUGGGUUGAAAAUAAAAAAAUAUUUUAUUUAUUUAUUAUUAUUAUUAUUUAAACAUAUUUUCAUAAUGACAAUUAUACCCCUGCUUUUGAUUUUACACUAGGUCAACUCAUCUAAUAAAAAGUCAUCACAAUCCUAGCUUCCUAUUGGUUGGAGACUAGUGUUGUUACAAUAACAACACAAGGGGUGUUGUCAUAAUAACCGGUCCCACUAGAGGUUCAAUUAGUCUUUAUCAAACAAAAUCGAUGCUAUGUCAUAUCCACAUGGACCGAUGAAAAGUUGCAUUACCGGUGCCGCAGUUUUAUAUUAUAACCGCACCUUAAUAUUGGCCAUAGUUUAAUUGCAAUGAUCAAACUCAAAACUGGAAACACUGUCGUGCCCAAAUCCAGUGUUUUUAAGGGCCCAUGGGAGUCAUUAUAAGAGCCCAAUUAGAAGAAGUCGGGCCACGGAGGCUAACAAGCCCAAAAAUUGCCUCCUAAAUCCUAAUCCGACAUUGUCAAGGGAAAAAGAAUCCUAAUCCGACAAGACAACGAAAAAGGAAAGCAGCAGCAUGGGGGAAAUUUAUUGGAUUAGGGAUUUUGAAUUUUGAUAUCCUCUUCGCUCUCUAUGUGGCUUCUCCAUUGUAAAUCCCAAGCUUGUGCCGCCGCACAAUCUCCUCUAUACUCCGUUGGCGAUAUCUUAUCUACCGGCUGCCGCCAUGGCCACCGAGGGCUGCCCCUGGUCUUGGGCCUCCAGAAAACGGCGUCGCAUCAGAAAGCCUCCUCCCAAUCUCGCGAUGAUCGGCAAACUCGGGGACGAUCUGCUCGUGGAGAUUCUGAUCCGCCUCCCGAACCAUAGAUUUGCCAGUGGCUGCAAACCGGUCUGCAAGCGUUGGAGGUCCUUGAUCUCCAGUCCCCGUUUCAAUCGCCGCUUCAUUUCUCACCACCGCAUCAACCAACCAACUAUGCCGGACAAUCCCGACGACCUGCAAUCCAUCAUCUUGAGCUUUCUCCCUCCCAUGCCUAGUGCAGUUGCUGGCUGCUUCAAAGUUUUGGACUGCUUCAAGGACUUGGUUUUAUGCGGGUUUUGGGAUUUAGAUUCCGACAACAAGGAACUCUGCCGAUCCUACUUUAUCUGCAAUCCAUUUACCAAGCAAUGGAUGGGUCUUCCUUUAGCCCCCGAGAAGGCCACGGGAUACAAAUCGCAUUGUACAAGGUUUGUUUUUGAACCCCGCAUUUCUUAUGAUCUUGAUAUGGAAGGAGGAGAUGACGAACAGAAAAUUGUUUAUUCUGAGUAUCGUUUCCGGGUGGUGAGUAUGUAUCAGCAUGAUAAGUCUAUUAAACUGGACUGGUUUUGUUCCCAGUCUGGUAAAUGGACCAAUGAGGCUCUUGUUCUUCGUGGAAAGACGAAGAUGAACGGACAAGUAAUUUCGUGCAAUGGGGAGCUGUUUUGGACGUAUCAUGAAACCGAAGAUUUAUGUGCUGACAGGAUUAUUCCUUGGGUGGCUGUGUUUAAUCCUUUCCGCCCUGAUGUACCUCCUACUCCUAUUGAUACUUUCUCAUUCUUCGGAUUAGGACCUUGGAAUAUUUCUGAGUCACAGGGUGCUUUGUACGUAAUUCAAUAUCGAUCGGCUUCUGAACGUUUUGUUUGGAGACUGGAAGAAGACGGUAAAUCUUGGAGUAAACAGUAUGAAGGGUUGCUGAAAAAAUCAGGGAUCGGUACCAUUGAACAUAAGUACUGUAUUUUACCUUUCCUGCAUCCACAUAAGCCGGAAAUUAUCUUCUUCCAUUAUUACGAUCGUUCCAGUCCGCGAACCAUAUUGUCCUUCGAUUCGAGGACGGGAGAGCUAGAGGAAUUCACUAAAGUUGGAGAAGGUGCAUCUCGCCUUAUGGUUUUCCAUCCUAUGGCCUGCUGCUUGCCUACUCCAAUUCCAAAGUACGAGGAACUGCGAAGUAUGUAUGAUGGAAGCUACAACUUUUGGGUUCAGAGCAGUAGCACUGCAACGACUCCCUCAAUAACUGCUGAAGAAUGCGAACCAGUUGAAGGAGUUGGACUUUGUCCACAAUUCCGAGCUGGGUUUUCGAAUCCAGGAUCUGGGUUGUUGUUGGUUGAUGGUUUCUGUAACUGGGCUUUGAUUUUUUCCCCCUUUUUGUUUAUUCACCACCCAGAACCGACCUAAUAAUCGUCUCCUCUGUUUUUUUUCUCCUUCCCUUUUCCAGGCUCUUGAUUUUCUGGGAAAACGAAAUUUCAGCUGCUGUGGGGUAAUUGAAAUCGCGAGAACUCUAAAGAACUGGCGGAUGAGUCGAGGAAUUUCUGGGCAACUAAUCACGGGAUGUUAGUAGAUUCCGUCAUUUCCUUCUUCUGUCGCGAAUCUUCCGCGCUUCAACCCGCUUCAUUUCUCUAGCAUUUCAAGCAUUCCGACAAGUGUCUUCAGAUUCCACAAAUUUUUUGGAGCCUUGCGCUGAGUUAAAUGAACUUUGGGAACUCCAAUUCUGAUUCAACGCCACAGCCGAGAAUCCCGAUCGAUCUACAGAACCAUUGCGUGACCGGCAUUAUGGAGAUGAUGACAUCGAGAAACAGAGUCUCUCCUCCGCCUUCGUAUUCCUCUUCGUCCGGUUCAAUUCCGGCUCCGCACCAUCUCAGGCCGGAGGUGGAGAAGAAGAGGUUCGUGUAUGAUCAGAGAUCACAGAUUGGGAACAGUAGUAGUAAUCCGUCAAGAAGCAGGAUGUUGCCCUCUGGCUAUUUCAGCUUGGAGUCUCUGUUUUUGUUAAUUGGGCUUACUGCGUCUCUGCACAUACUGCCUCUCAUCCUUCCGCCGUUGCCGCCGCCGCCGUUUCUGCUGCUUCUGAUCCCGAUAGGGAUAAUGGUUCUGCUCAUGUUCUUGGCUUUUACUCCUAGUGCUAGGGAUAUGACUUAUACAUCUCUGUAAAUUUUCCUCUCUUGUUCGUUGAACAAAAAAAGAUAAAAAAGAGCUUGGGAUUAGUAGGUUCAGAAGAAAAUGAUCAAACUUUCCCCCCUGUUCUGUUUAGAGUUUAGACUAAUUAAGGUUAAGAUUCAAAAGAAAAUUACUAUACUUACGAAAAAGAGAGAUUGAAAGAUGGUAGAUUUGGAAAUUGAGAUUUUGUUAAUGAAUCACAAUUUCACCAAUAACAACCACAUUUUAUUUUUCAAUUGUUUAUUUUCGGGGAAGAGCUUGUUGCAAAUUUUCAAUAUAGAGUUCAAAAAAAAAAAUGCGAUUUAACGAAAUAAUAACAAAAAAAGUAUGAAUAAUAGAUAUUGCGUUCCAUCUUUACAAAAUGUAACACGGCAAUACAUUUUUUUUGGUAGAAAGCACGACAAAGUAGACGAGCUCGUUAGAGAUUUCCACAGCAUUUCGCCGAUGAUUCUUGUUGAUAAAUCAUAUACACAAACAGAGACGCGAACACAGUAAACAAAGUAGAUUCUCUUACCAACAGAGACGCCGGUGAUUCUUACGACUGCUCUGAACCAAAAAGCUGUAGCUUCCAUCAUACAUACUUCGCAAAUCCUCGUACAUUGGGAUCGCAGUAGGUAGGCAAUUACAGGCCAUAGGAGGGAACACCAUAACGCGAGGUGCAUCUUUUCCAACUUUAGCGCGAACUCCUCUAGCUCUCCGGUCCUCGAAUCGAAACGACAAUAUGGUACGCAGACGGGAACCAUCAGCAGAAGAAUGGAAGAAGAUUAUCUCCGGGUCACGUGGAUGCAGGAAAGGUACAAUGCAGUGUCGAGGUUCAAAUGCACCGCCGCUCCUUGAUGUCUUAAACUUGAUGUUCUUGAUGUUUCAGAUUGUAUUUGGUGUUUCACUUGCAUAUCUCCUAAUUUUCGAAUGUGGCUUUGUAGGUGAUCAAAUGACAUUUUCACAUGAUUCAAACGAAUCAUUUGAGCUAAAGGUUGGGGAUGUCUCUGACAUCUAGGUGGGAUGAGAAACAUAACUCACUUUGAGCUUUCCUGAUACAGAUGAGAUAGACGCACUUGCAGAAAUCAAGUUUCAUAUUCCUGACAAGCCUUCCAUUCAUAUGAGUUUGUUGACACAAUUUUUUAUAAUGCUAAAUAAAUUAUUAAAGAUUAAUAAUAAUAAAGAUUUAAAAAUAAU